UUCUAGGAAAUAUUCUAUACCAUUUACUUAACACUUUAUGCUAUGGCUAUUUCCUCAUGCUAACACUCAUUCGUGCUGCCAGUUGUGGCAUAAAUUGUCGUGGAUCGCCGAUAAUAUUAUGCAAUAAUCUACCAUCGAAACAACCAUGCCGAAUAUUCACGAACUGGGCCAAGUGUUAUAUAAGAUCCAGGAAUUCGAUGUAUUAUUUGGGAAGCGUUGGUGUGCUGUUCUUCAGUUUUGCAGUACUUUCUGUACCAGCAUAUCGAAUGUUUUGCGAAAAGACUGCAACUAUCGGAUUAACAAAGAUUGCUGAUGAUAUGGAACGCGUUGCAUCAAUGGAAAAAAUUAAGGAUCGAUUAAUACGCGUGUCUUUUAACGCUGACCUUCAUUCUGCCUUGAAAUGGCAGUUCAAACCUUUACAGAAAGAAAUUUAUGUGCAUCCAGGGGAGACAGCACUUGUUUUCUACAGUGCCUAUAAUCCAACAGACAAACCGGUGGUUGGUAUUAGCAGCUACAAUAUCACACCUUUCCAGGCAGCUUAUUAUUUCAACAAAAUUCAGUGUUUCUGCUUCGAGGAUCAGAUCCUUAAUCCGGGAGAACAGGUGGAUUUACCUGUUUUUUUCUAUAUUGAUCCUGAUUAUAUAACUGACCCGGAUUUGGAAUAUACAGAUAGUUUAAUCUUGAGUUAUACAUUUUUCGAAUCAAAGUCAGAUCUUGUUUUACCGAAUCCAUUCGAUCCAAACAACCAGCCCAAUAUAAAGCGAAAUACAAGUGAUGGUAAUAAAAAGGUGGAUAAAAAUUAGAGACUGGAAAAAAAUGAAAAAUUGUUAAACAUAAAGACAAAUAAUUAUAGCUCAAAAUGUUGAUGUAUUCUUGUCAAAGGUUGACUGUGAAGGAAAAGAGGAGCUAUUUAAAAAAUAUCCAGUCAGAAAAUAGAAUAGUUGCAUUCUAAUAACACCAUGCUCUUUGUAAUUAUAUUUCAGUAACAUCCCGCUCCUUUUAGUGCAUAGGUUGCACUAAAAGGAGCAGGGUGUUAUUGAAAGUUUCGUUUGCCAACUGUUUUCACUAUAUUUGUUUCAUACACAUCGUCUUAUGAACAGACCUAGUACCAAUUUAUUUUGCGACUGGAAUAAAUUUUAAAAUGAAAACUGAAAUAAAUUUUAAAAUUAUUAAUCGUGCCGUUUAAAUUCCAAGAAUUGUGUAAGUUGGGAUAAAACUCGUUAUUAUCAAUAAAAAAUAGUCG